GGCAGCAGCCGCCGCCCCACAACCCGCUGCCCCUGGGGCCGUAGGGCCGCGCCGGCCCCGCGCCCAACCCAACGAUGCCCCAUCUCUGGCCGGCGCUCCGCCGCGUCCUCUGGGAAUACUGGGCAGCGCUCCUGGUCGGCGGCUUCUGGGGACAGAGCUCGCACGGGAUGCCGCAUGUCAUCCGGAUCGGAGGGAUCUUUGAGUACGCGGAUGGCCCCAACACCCAGGUGAUGAGUGCUGAGGAACAAGCCUUCCGAUUCUCCGCCAACAUUAUUAACAGGAACAGAACUUUGCUGCCUAACACAACCCUAACCUAUGACAUCCAGAGGAUACACUUCCACGACAGCUUUGAAGCAACUAAGAAAGCCUGUGACCAGCUCGCCCUGGGGGUCGUGGCCAUAUUCGGACCUUCCCAAGGCUCCUGCACCAACGCUGUCCAGUCCAUCUGCAACGCCCUGGAAGUGCCCCACAUACAGCUCCGAUGGAAGCACCACCCUCUGGAUAACAAGGACACUUUCUAUGUCAACCUGUACCCCGACUAUGCCUCCCUGAGCCACGCCAUCCUGGACCUGGUGCAGUACCUCAAGUGGAGGUCAGCCACGGUGGUGUACGACGACAGCACAGGCCUGAUCCGGCUGCAGGAGCUCAUCAUGGCCCCGUCCCGUUACAACAUCCGCCUGAAGAUCCGGCAGCUCCCACUGGACACGGACGACGCGCGGCCGCUGCUCAAGGAGAUGAAGCGGGGCCGGGAAUUCCGCAUCAUCUUCGACUGCAGCCACCUGAUGGCAGCUCAGAUCCUCAAGCAGGCCAUGGCGAUGGGAAUGAUGACAGAGUACUACCACUUCAUCUUCACCACCCUGGAUCUUUAUGCAUUAGACCUAGAACCAUAUCGCUACUCUGGGGUGAACCUGACCGGCUUCCGGAUCCUCAACGUGGAGAACCCCCACGUGUCCUCCAUCAUCGAGAAGUGGUCCAUGGAGCGGCUGCAGUCGGCGCCCAAGGCGGAGCUGGGGCUGCUGGAUGGAGUGAUGAUGACAGACGCUGCCCUGCUGUACGACGCCGUGCACGUGGUGUCCGUGUGCUACCAGCGCGCGCCGCAGAUGACGGUGAACUCCCUGCAGUGCCACCGGCACAAGGCCUGGAGGUUCGGCGGCCGCUUCAUGAACUUCAUCAAGGAGGCCCAGUGGGAAGGAUUAACGGGACGGAUCGUCUUUAAUAAAACCAGUGGUUUACGGACAGAUUUUGAUUUGGAUAUCAUCAGCCUCAAAGAAGACGGACUCGAAAAGGUGGGAGCCUGGAGCCCUUCCGACGGUUUGAACAUCACAGAGAUCUCCAGGGGACGAGGCCCCAACGUCACAGACUCGCUGAGCAACAGAUCCCUGAUUGUCACCACGGUCCUGGAGGAGCCCUUUGUGAUGUUCCGAAAGUCCGACACGGCCCUGUUCGGGAACGACCGCUUCGAGGGCUACUGCAUCGACCUGCUCAAGGAGCUGGCCAUCAUCCUGGGCUUCUCCUACGAGAUCCGCCUGGUGGAGGACGGGAAGUACGGGGCGCAGGACGAGAAGGGGCAGUGGAACGGGAUGAUCAAGGAGCUCAUCGACCACAAAGCUGACCUGGCCGUGGCUCCUCUCACCAUCACCCACGUGCGGGAGAAAGCCAUCGACUUCUCCAAGCCCUUCAUGACCCUGGGGGUCAGCAUCCUGUACAGGAAACCCAACGGGACCAACCCCAGCGUGUUCUCCUUCCUCAACCCCCUCUCCCCCGACAUCUGGAUGUACAUCCUGCUCGCCUACCUGGGGGUCAGCUGUGUGCUCUUUGUCAUAGCCAGGUUCAGCCCCUAUGAGUGGUACGAUGCCCAUCCCUGCAACCCGGGCUCGGACAUCGUGGAGAACAACUUCACCCUCCUCAACAGCUUCUGGUUUGGGAUGGGAGCACUGAUGCAGCAAGGCUCGGAGCUGAUGCCCAAGGCCCUGUCUACACGGAUCAUUGGUGGCAUAUGGUGGUUCUUCACCCUAAUUAUCAUCUCGUCCUACACGGCCAACCUUGCUGCCUUCCUGACGGUGGAGAGGAUGGAGUCCCCCAUCGACUCUGCAGAUGACUUGGCAAAGCAGACAAAAAUAGAGUACGGAGCAGUGAAGGAUGGAGCCACCAUGACCUUCUUCAAGAAAUCCAAAAUCUCCACGUUUGAAAAGAUGUGGGCUUUCAUGAGCAGCAAACCCACGGCGCUGGUCAAGAACAACGAGGAGGGGAUCCAGCGGACCCUGACGGCCGACUACGCCCUGCUGAUGGAGUCCACCACCAUCGAGUACAUCACCCAGAGGAACUGCAACCUCACCCAGAUCGGGGGGCUCAUCGACACCAAAGGCUACGGCAUUGGCACGCCCAUGGGGUCACCGUACAGGGACAAGAUCACCAUUGCCAUCCUCCAGCUCCAGGAGGAGGACAAGCUCCACGUCAUGAAGGAGAAGUGGUGGCGGGGGAAUGGCUGCCCUGAGGACGAGAACAAGGAGGCCAGUGCUCUGGGCAUCCAGAACAUCGGGGGGAUCUUCAUCGUGCUGGCAGCAGGCCUGGUGCUCUCCGUCUUCGUGGCCAUGGUGGAGUUCAUCUACAAGCUGCGCAAAACGGCGGAGCGAGAGCAGCGCUCCUUCUGCAGCGCCGUGGCCGACGAGAUCCGCCUGUCCCUGACCUGCCAGCGCCGAGUCAAGCACAAGCCCCAGCCCCCCGUGCUGGUGAAGACGGACGCCGUGAUCAACAUGCACACCUUCAACGACCGCCGGCUGCCCGGCAAGGACAACAUGAGCUGCAGCACCGGCCUGGCACCCGUGUUCCCCUAGGGAACGGGCACGGGGAGGGGGCGGGAGGGAAGGAACUGUGGCAGGCGAGGCUGGACGCACUCUUAACUAGGGAAGAGAGGAUUAAAAAACCAGAAAAAAAAAAAAAAGAAAAAAAAAAAGCCUGGUUUGUUCAUUUCAAGAACGAGGCCUUUGCAACCCAGCUGCAUCCACCACCACAGAGGAGCCACAGCUUCCAAGCACGGACAGCAACGUGGGUCUUGGGGCGUUUUGGUUUUGUUACUUUUCGUUUCUGGGGUUUUUUUUAAAGCUUCAAUCCUCCAGGCCUCAUGGAAUCCAACCACCACCCAGGAGUCUGAUGUUUACACACUGGAAACACGAGGAGGUGAAGCAGAAUGGAGUCAACCUGCCCCGGAGCGGGUGAGGAGGAGCCCCGAGCGCGGCUCCCGCAGCACGGCAAUAAAUAGGAACACUUGGUCAGGAAUGAGCACCUGUUCCACACCGACACUCACAGCACAUUUUGGAUACACUGUCUGGGAAAGGGAGAGGCACCUGGGAAGCACUGGGAUGGCCAAGGCUGUGCCUGCUCUUGAAGCAGCUCGUGGUGGCCCCUCACCCCGCGGCUGUCCUGGCUGUGGCCAUCCAGGGCUGGAUAUCCACGUGGGAGAAGGCAACACACGUUCCCCAGGUCAGCUGGGGAAGGAGAGCUGUCUGGAAGGGGUGACUGAGCCUGAACAGAGCCGAAUUCCUGGCCAGGGAAUACUGCAUCUUGGAGUGACACCACCCACACGCCCUGUGCCGAGCUCCAGGCCGAGCCCAGGGUGACCCCGUGAUCUCCAGCUCCUCCUCUGCUCUUCCCACGGAGCUCAGUCUCUCCACAGCAAGCGCAGGAAGCAGCUGAGCCCACGGGCUCUGGCAGUGGUGGGAGCAGAGCUGCUUCUGAGAGCUGAAAGCACCCAUUUCCAAGGAACUCAGCAGUGCUGAGCCACAGCUCCAGCCCGGGAGGGGACUGUGGGGCUGGUUCAGGACUGAACGCUCUCCACGGCAUCAUGGACCUGAAGGAGGAGUCCCU